AUGGAUGUGAAAGUGGACAUGGAGCCAAGAGCUGAUGCUGAGAGUAAAAUGCUUAACGGCGACGGUGAUGCCUCGGAGGAUGAUGACCAGUACUCAGGAUGUCCGAAAGUAUCGCGUACCAGCCCACGUGACACUGAGAAGGCCGGCAAAGGUGACACAGACACCGGGGCUAAAACCAAGUGUUCGGCUUGCUUCAGGCGCACGGAGAAAGAGUACGACCGUCUACGCUCAGCUCUUGCCCGGAACAAGCCGCUGUUGUUCAGAAGCGUGCUAAUACUUUUCGUAUUUCUCUGGCUGGUUUACCUCAUAUUCGCCGUUGCCAAUCGGCGGGAUAAGGCCGUACCCAUCGUGAUAUUGUCUAUAUGCGUGUUCCUGGUUUUUGGCUGGAAACAGUUUAGGAGAACAGUGGGUAGUAAGAUUGUGAGGUCACUUAAAACCCAUUGUGUGUGCGAGGACAGGACGAAACUGUGGGUAAAGAGAUGCGUUCUGUGCCUCUUAGUUGUCGGCUUACUAAUUUUUAUUGUCGCAGAUACUGGGCGUCACGUGGAAAACAUAACCUCACUAGCUGGACUGGUUGUGUUUGUGUGUAUUGUGUUUAUCACCUCUACCAAUCCCUUCAAGGUUAAAUGGCGGCCUGUACUCUGGGGACUGGGCCUUCAGUUUGUUAUGGGGCUCAUCAUACUGAGGUGGGACAAGGGCUAUCAGGCCUUCAGCUUCCUGGGGGAGCAAGUCAAAACCUUUCUGGAAUAUGCUGACGCCGGGUCCAAGUUUGUUUUUGGCCCGGAAACCUAUCUGCUACACCCUUUUGCAUUCAAGGUUUUGCCAGUGGUAGUGUUUUUCAGCGCUGUUAACUCGGCGCUACAUUACUGGGGGGUAAUACAGUGCGUGGUAGAGACCUUGGCCUGGAUCCUCCAGUACACAUUGAACACCACACCAGUAGAAUCGCUGGCCGGAGCUGCCCAUAUAUUUGUAGGCCAGGUAAGAGAACCCGUAAUGCUGAAAAAACCCUUCCUACCGAAGCUGACCGUAUCAGAACUACACGCAGUCAUGACAACAGGUUUUGCUACCGUUGCUGGUACGGUUGGGGCCUAUAUCGAGUUUGGGGUGAAGGCCGAGCACCUUUUGGCGGCAUCCUUUAUGUCCGGUCCAGCAGCUCUUGCGCUCUCCAAACUCGGCUUCCCGGAAACGGAGCAGUCUCAGACCAAAUCCAAGAAAGACGUUAAACUUCCCAGAGGGCAGCAGAGAAACGUAGUAGAGGCCGCCUCGGAGGGAGCCACCAAUGCCGUGAAGCUGAUAGCGUACAUUGUGGUCAAUAUCAUUGCCUUUUUGUCCAUUUUGGAGUUUAUCAACGCCAUUCUCACCUACCUGGGGAACAAUGUUGGUAUCCACAACCUCAGUUUUCAGAUGAUUUGUUCAUACGUGUUCAUGCCGGUAGCAGCCGUGAUGGGGGUACCGUGGGAAGACACCAGCAAAGUGGGAGCUCUCAUAGGAACAAAGGUUUUCAUCAAUGAGUUCGUGGGGUACGCACAGCUAGGCCCGAUGAUCAGAAGUGGAGAAAUACAGAAGCGUACCGGUGUGAUCGCCACGUACAUCCUGUGUGGUUUUGGCAGUAUACAGAGUCUGGGCAUCACCCUGGGCGUGUAUUCCGCCGUGGCACCCUCACGACGCAGUGACGUAGCCGGUCACAUGGUGCGCGCCCUCGUUCUGGGAAAUCUCGCGUGCUUCACCACCGCGUGCAUGGCAGGUGUUCCCCAUCAGGGUAACCCCUGUGACUCCGGCAUUGUUCAAGUUUUCCGAACAAAAUUUGCUCGUGGUUGAAAUGAGGUAAAGUGAGCGUAGAGAGCGACACAUGCACUGUAUCGUCCUUUCAUGUGUUAGGCAUGGCGCUCCAGUGAGGUAGCACUAUAUACCUA